CACACAGACGGUUGUUUGUGUAGUUGUGCAACAAAAUAAUUUUGUAUAAAAACUUGUUUUCGCUGAUUAUUCUAGUAAUUUCUCAAGCGCAAGUGUAUCCACUUCUUCUAUUCAACGAAUUUGAUUUCAUUGCCUAAACAAAGUUUUACCAUUUCGAUCAUUUUAUUUAAAAUUGAUUAAUUGUCGGCAUUACAACGUUAUAACCUGACGGUAGAUUCAGAUUUUUUUUUUUGUGUGUCAUCAAUCCGAAGGGCCAACACAAUUCAAUACAGUGUCGACAACCUUGCAUUUAAAGUGUAGUGAGAGUGGAGUGUUUAAUUCAUAAACAAAUAAUUAAGGAAAAACGUUCGAACGUUUGAAAAAGAAAACUUGUGAAAUAUCGAAGUCAUAACUAUCAUCAUUGUCGAUAACAAAACGUUACAUAGGUACAUCCUAUCAUUUUUUUUUGCGACAAAACACAUAUAUACACAGAGUACGUUUCUUUUGUUUUGGAGAACGACACGUUGAGUGAUUUUUUUUUUAAAUUUCAAUGAGUAUGGUUAAAAUGUGUAAAAUUAAACGGUGAUGUCGACUGGGCUGCGCAAGGAAUGCGUUGCCCGAGAUACUAAGUCAAGUUCAAGGCCGUGCAAACUUAUUUUUUUUUCUGAAAUAAAUUUACUUUUUGUUUACUAAGAACACUCUAUAUACACGAACCGAAUUCGGAAGAAGAAAGACUCCCGUAUAUACGUUAGUUACUCAGAAUAAAUAUUAUUUACACAUUUCGUUAAGUGAUCUCAUAGUUUAGUGAACACACAUUUCAAUCAUGAUUUUGUUUAAAAAAUCGUAUGCCGAGCAAUUGCUUCAGCUGGCAUUAACGCUGAGCUUAUUGCGUGUUCAUCCGAACAAUUAUUUGGGAUAUAAUUGGCAGUCACAACUGACAUUGAACAAUGGCGAAGGAUUGCAAUUGGAACUCAGACCGGAACCGGUGUCUGAUUUUCCGUAUGCGAAUCGCAAGGCAAUUAUCCCGUUGAUGGAGGAUCUGGUUCGGUUCGAUCGAUAUCGAUACUCGACUCCGCACGAUAUUCAAACAUAUCUGUUGAAUGUUCAGAAUGAACAAGCGAACGGUGAUGCCAGUCAGCCGUCGAAUCAAAACAACGAAACAACAAUCCAUCAGGAAGGCAGAGGUCAGCAGGAACAAUUUUCGGCACUGAACACCAACGAACUAGAUUUAUUUUUGAAUUCGGAACAUUUUGUCGAGGAAACGCCAUCCAUUGCGGAACAGAAUGCGGCUGAUUUGAAUGAUUACGGCGAUAUGUUUGCUGCAUUUCCUUAUGCCGGAUUGCCAUUAAAAGAUGAACCUCCGCCGAUCUACGGGGAAAUCAAAAUUGAACCGACAACGAGUUAUACGACUAGUGAUUUUGGGUCGAUGAACAAUGCGACCAGUGAUGGAGAUGAUUCCGCGUAUAUGGCUGUUAUCGAUUGGACUGAUUUUUAUGAUUUCAAAGCAGAAGUUAAGACUGAGGACAGUGUCGAUGAUGGAAAGCAGGAAAGCAAUGGCGCUGGUGAUAAAGUGAAAAAGGAAGCGGAUGAAGAUGAGAGUCAAAUUGAUGAGAGGAGUGAAGGAACGCAGGAUGAGAAGAAUUCCACAAGUGGCUUUAGUAGUAAUGUAGAAUUAACGGAAGAGGAAAGCGAAAUAGUCGAAGUUCUAUGGAAGCAGGAUGUGGAUUUAGGUUAUUCAUUGGCACCACCUAAGCCGCUCGAUGUAAAAAAAUCAGGAGUAAAUGCUGAUGAUGAAAAUGAAAAACUUAGAGCAUUGCAAGAACUUAAGGACGAAAAGGCACAAGAAAAAGAAAAGGAAAUCGAUGAAUGGGAUGGAAUUCAAUUUACCAUUGACAAUGAAACUGGAGAGUACAUUCAACUUCCGCUUCAAUUGGAGGAGAUUCUUCAAGAUGCUUUGCAACUGGCUGACUUAACAUCCGAUGAUCAGAACGACACCUUUUCGCCAAAGGUUGACGAAUCAGCUUCAUCCGAUAACGCAUCGCCGGAUAAAGAAACUGGCACAACUGAUGCAACAAUAUCUGAUAUUGAUAUAUCAGCCGAUUUAUCGAAUAUUAAUCUUGAUGAUGCAAGUGAAUUAGAAGAACUCGAAAUGAUGAUACAGUCAUCCUCACCGUUUCAACAUUCAAGAUCCGGCCAGAACUAUGGCCAUGGCGCUAAUUCGUUUAGACAAUCGUAUCACCAUCAGUCACGAGUACCACUUAGCCGUAAUUUUUCGAUGGAACAGCGUUUGCAAGACAUUGCAAGCCUUUUCAAUCCAAUACCAGGAAUGGGCGUUGGUAUGGGCCCUGCCGAUAUGGCAUCUUAUUCACAUUAUCCUUCGCACUAUUCGUAUCAGAGCUCUGCACCGUUACCACAACAUGGACAAUUCAGUCAUCCACAUCCCCAUUCACAUGCAGUUUUGCACAAUGCAUCUCUGGCUGAAUUGGGUGCAUCACAACCACAUUAUGGACCAAAUUUGGGAACGGCUGUUUCGUCCAGUAUGCACAUUACGAAUUCCAGUCAUGAUGCAGAUGCUGGUGCUGCUGGCUACAAAAUUGAUCACGACAACAUGAUGUACUAUUCGAACACAUCGUCAGACAUCAACCAGCCCACAGAUGUAUUUAUUAAUUCGAUUUUGAACGAUGAAGAUUUGCAUUUGAUGGACAUGGGUGUUAAUGUAAAUGAAAGUUUUUAUACAAUGCGAAUGCUCGAGACGAAUUCGUCCAGCAAUAAUUCGUCAGUGUUAGGCGCAUCAAAUGGUGCUAACAAUGGCUUACUACCAUCGUCAAUGCACACGAAUAUCAGUACAUUGGGUGCGAUGGGCUCCACCGGCGAUCGAUUAGAUGCGUCCAGUGACAGUGCAGUCAGUUCGAUGGGAUCGGAACGUGUACCGUCACUAUCGGAUGGUGAAUGGGGCGAUGCAGGAAGCGAUUCAGCUCAAGAUUUUCACCAAAGAAAUUCCAGUAAAUACGGUGGCCCGUACGAUUACAGUUACAGUAGUCGUUUAAGUGAUGCCGCACGUCAUCCAGUGGCCCAGAAAAAACAUCAAAUGUUCGGAAAACGUUAUUUCCAAGAACAGAGCAGUGUUCCAUCGCUGCCACAAGCAUCCACCCAUCAAUCCGAUAUUCCGCUAAAAUAUGAAUAUGAGCCAUACGGAAUGCAUCACGGACCGACAUUGCCACACAACAUUGAUAGCGGUGCAGGCGGUCCGCUGGUAAACAAACAUCAACCGUCGCAUAUGAACCAACCGGAAAUGAAGUAUUCUUGUUCGCUGGAUUUCGUGCGACAGAAUCGGGUAAAUGAUUUGGUCAAUCACAAUCAUACGUACACAUUGCCGCAGGGAACGGGUGCAUCACCGAGACCGCAGGCACGUGACAAGAAACAACGCCGACUGGAUGAAGAACAUUUGAGCAGAGAUGAGAAACGAGCCAGGUCGUUGAAUGUAAGUAUUCCAAUGGCUGUACAAGAGAUUAUCAAUUUGCCAAUGGACGAGUUCAACGAACGAUUGUCCAAAUACGAUUUGAGCGAAACCCAACUGUCGUUGAUACGGGACAUCCGACGACGCGGAAAGAAUAAAGUUGCAGCGCAAAAUUGUCGAAAGAGAAAAUUGGAUCAAAUCAUUUGCUUGGCCGAUGAAGUGAAGGAGGUGCGCAAACGCAAGGAUCGAUUGUAUCGCGAUCGGGAAGCAGCAUUGUCGGCCCAUGAAAAUAUUAAGCGAAAAUUUGCGGCAUUACAUAAGCACGUGUUUCAGAAUCUUCGCGAUCCCGAGGGCAAUCCGUACUCUCCAACAGCGUACAGCUUACAACAGUCGGCCGAUGGAUCAAUUUUCUUGUUACCAAAAGACAACAAAGAUAGCAGAAACAACCAGACAAACCCAUCAAACCACCAUCAACAUCAUCCUCACCAUCAGAAAGAUUGAGGCUGGAAUUGUUUUAUUUCUUGUUGGUAAUUUAUAUAAGUUUUAAAAUGUUGCUGGCAAUGUGGAUGAUGGGGGGGAGGUGAUGAGGAGAAGAUUUUAGUCUAUUCGAAUUUUACCAACAGGAUGCCCGUUCGAGGCGCUGAUGGUUUUGUUGUUCUUUUUCUUUCGGAAAAUUAUUUUCUCGAUUAAUUUUUCUUUUGAGAUUCGAGAUUAGCCGACAUUGGGAUUAAGUAGUCAGGUAUGUUCAAUUGGACUGUGAGGGUUACCGUUGAUUGAAUAUAGAAUUUUAAAAAGAAAAAGAAAACACAAAGUAAAAUUUGAGACAUUUUUGCAAUGCCCGAACCAAUUUAUACAGAAAAAAUGGAAUGAAAGAAACUUUGCAGUUUUUUUUUUUUGCUACCUAACACAAAAGUGCUGUUUGCAUUUAAGUCAUCAAAAAUUUUCGAAUUUUUUUUAUUGUCAAAUAACCUUAUUGAAUAGACAUAAUAAUAACACAAAACACAUAAAACACACCCCAUUUGAAUUUUAAUAACAAAAAAGAAGUGAAAUUUGUUUGCUCUUCACCUUAUCACCACUUUUUUCAUGUCGUUACAUUUAGCUAAGUUAUAGGCUCAUCAUCCAGGGGGGUAAAUACGUAAAAGGUGUUUGUGAAAAUGAAGCAAAAAAAAAUGAAAACUUUGGAUUAACAAUUUGUUACUGAGUAGCACAACUGGACAUGUCAAUAGGAUCGAAAUGGAGAUAUGUAUAGUGAUCCGGCUGUGUGGAAGUUGUACAAAAUUGGGAUGCUCUUUCAAUUAACUCACUUUUUCCGACGGAUUUUGUUCACUUAUUUUAUGUUGUAACGCUGCUGGAACCAGUGCUUGAUUCGUUUUUUGUUUUUUACUUUUUUUUGUAUUUUUGGUCAGAAUGAAUUUUCUUUGCCAAUCAAUUGGUCAUUUCAUUUUACCGGCAAAAACAAUUUUCAAUUUUGAUAAAUCAACCCUAUGCGGUGGCAGAUUUUAUUGGACUACAUCGCAAUGCAACGCUUCAAAUAGCACGUUCAAUCCUGUAUCAGGUCCAUAGUUACCACAAUAUCUGUAAAUAGGCCAGACUCUUGCAUCUAAAUUACAUGACAUCCGAAACAGUCAUGCCACCCGCAAAAAGUGUACAAUGAAAGACGCAAUUCAAUUUUGUUUAGCUUCUUAAAAUGCGGCAAAAUUUAUCUUAGCACCUCCUAUACGAUUCGCUGUGUGUGAACGCAGUAACAAACUAUUGAAAACGGAUGAUAAUACACCAACGUUGUAUAUACCAGGUGACGACACCACAGUGUUGAUUAAGCAAAACGUGAAGCGGACGAAAAGUUCGUAUCAAGAGAGAUAUGAGAUCUUUGUGGCGCGGUUAUUCUUUCUAAAAGAAGGAGAAAAUUCAUCGUGUUAGCCUCAAAAUUGUCGAGGACCAAUUCCUCUUGGUGGAAUGGAAGACAGAAGAUGCUAUCGUUGAUAAUUUUGAUUUAAAAAAAAAUGUGCACAGAACAUGUAUUACGAGCGGCAUACAUAAAAUGCAUCAAAAACAGAUUGUAUUGUCAUUUCGCUACACAAUUUUACUUUUGCGAUCCUUGCCCUGCAUAAACAUCUCCCUGCCAUAUUGCUGACAAUGAAAAGUGAACGCGUUCACACAAUUUUUACAGCGGAGAUUUUUGAUUGCGGCGUCAAUAGAAAUGAAAUCAAAUAACGCAAACUACUGUGUAGAGUGAUUCAAUUUAAAUGUGACGGUUAGAGCAUUUGCGGUGAAUGCAUUUGGUCGCAACCUGGUAUAUAUAACCUUGCAUAAUAUGGCAACCAGCUGCUGUACAAACGUAGCUUGUUAAUUUGUCAUCGUAAAAAAUGUGUAAAUUUUUUAAAAUAAAAAAAAAUCUUUUUUAGGAAAGUUUUUUUUUCGUACAUAAGAUAAUGUUGUGGUUCUUUGAAAAUAUUUAAAUUUAUAAAAAAAAAAUUAACACAAAAAAAUAUGGAAAUUGUAGAAAUAAAAAUUUUGAUUAAAUUUAAAAGGAGAAAACAUUAAACUAAAUAAGAAAAAUGAGACAAAAUUCAGGUGAUAGAUUUAUUAGAAUGUAAUUUAUUUAAACUUUACACAACUUAAACACAUACACAGAGAGAGAGACAACACAUACAUACACACACACAUCCUCACAUACACACAUUGCAGAUAACCAAUAAAUAAAACAUUAUUGGUUGGUAAUGUGAAUCAAAUUAGGAGUGAGUGAGUUUGUGACACACAUGCAUACAAAAACAACGGACCGAUAUUUUCGGACAUUAGUUUUUUGCAGUCCGAUCGAUCGAAUACAGAACCAUAUUUAUACUAAACAUUUUCGUUUGACAUAAACUCAAAUCAAAUGCUAA